AUGGAACGUCGCAGGCGAGCUCUGGUCCUGCUGGUCCUGUUCCUCGUGGAGUCAGCAUUCCUACCUGUCCAAUGCCAGGUAUUGAGAACCAACCACCCUCCACCCUUCAACUUUAGCAGCGGCAUCGUGCGGCUCAUCAUCAAAUCGUACACCGACGAGCUGAUCCGGGACCUCGGUGACAGUCCCGCGCUACGACUGAGCGAGUCGCAGGCAGAGUUCCUGCGUCAGCGGCUGGGACGCCUCUACGAGCACGUGCGCCGCCACCCGGCUCUCCACCAGCGCUACCUGUGGGUGGGACGGGACCAACCAGUGGCCAGCCCCGACGAGCCACCCUUGGCGUCGCCCGCCAGAUUGGAGACCGCUUCGACAGUGAGCAAGCGUGGAGACAGCAGACAGGAGCGGUCGUCGCCCCCACAGGUGCCCCAGGGCGGCGAGCGUGGCAGCGUGCGGGGCGUGAAGAGGACCCCUCCGGAGACGCCGAUAGCGCCCCUGUCGGAGGAGAUAUGCCGCACGAGCACCGCCUGGGAGCGGCUCAACGAAACGGUCGAUUCGUUCGGCAACGCCGUAGAGGUGGUCCAGGACGAGGCCUUUCCCCAGUGGGUCUUCUCGUACCGCUGCGCCUCGCAGGGCUCGUCCUGCGUCGGCAUUGACGCCAUGUAUAACAGCGAGUGCACGGAGCGCUCGGGUUUCAUGAUCCUGUACCACCGAAAGAGUGGCUCCGCCAACGACAGCCUACCAUCGUGGGGGGCCGUUGAGGUGCCGCAUCACUGCACCUGCAAGAUCACACCCAAGGUCAUCGCCGAGCGUUGAGCCGUCCACUCCACGCCUUGAAACAGAGCGGGAGGAUCUACCACAUUCAAGCGUGGAAAGUUUCCAGGAGACACACACGAAAGGGAAGACUGCUGACUCGAAAGCCACGUCCCAGAAAAAAAAUGAAAUAAAUAAAUAAAAACAUAUUGGGUGCUUAAAAAAGCACCCACUUCCGGUUUUGUCCGGUGCAAGCA